AUGUCUGCAACUCGUGCCAAGAAACUGAAAAUGGCCACCAAGUCGGGUCCUGAGUGUGACCAACAGGUUCCUGUUGCAUGUAAAUCAUGUCCUUGUGGUUAUAUAUUUAUUAGCAGAAAAUUUUUAAAUGCAAAACGUUCAGAGAAAUCAACACCUUCUGCAGAAAAACAGAAGGAAAUUGACAUCUAUGCUAACCUCUCUGAUGGAAAGGCUUUCGCGUUUUCAGUUGCCUUGGCAGAAAUAAAUAGGAAAAUUAUUGCCUUGGCAGAAAUAAAUAGGAAAAUUAUCAAUCAAAGACUUAUUCUCUGAUAUUUGUCUACAAAAUCUGU